CCAYACUGUAUGCAAAACAGAGAAAACAAGUGAAUCACAACGAGCUUCUCAUAAAAACCAAGUUCAUUCAUUCACACUGUUGCAAACUAUUUUGGUGAACAGAAUAGAGUAUGCCAGUAACACAAGAUAACUGCUCYACUAUUUCUCACAAUCACUUUUCAGCAACGAACAACAGUAUGUCGUUAUCCUCUCCUUUCUCUUUCUCGUUGCCAUCGCGUGGCAUGGAAAACAAGGCGACAGGUGCAAUCCACCUAAACAACGCGUCUGCGUUUCUGAUUGAAAAUGGUCRCUACGAUACAGCCAUUGCGUCUCUUCAACGCGCCCUUGAACUACUGGAAUUACACAUUAUGGAGGAAAACACCACGAGUACUAAUGAUCGCACUCCGAGRACCUACUGCAUGUGUAAUGAAUGUACUUUGGAAGGGUGCAUAAGGUACUCUGAACAACAGCACAAAAUCAACAGGUUUCGGUCGCAAUCARAUACUCGCAUCACAAAUGAUAUUGGGAACCACUGUUGCCACUCACAAGCAAGAACAGAAUCUAGCAACAAGAGAAGAAGAAUCACGUAUCAUCAAUGUGAGGGCGGAGAAACAAUCGAAAACGACGAGAGUGACUACAUCUACCAACGACCCAUUCUCAUUCCGAAUACGCAUGAGAUGGGGUCCACGCGCUUCUUCGUGAUUCUAUUUAAUAUCGCUCUUGCGCACCAUCUCAAGGUCUUGAGGAUUGCUUCCACCAAGAACAAAGGUGAAAUCGAACAGAGGGUUAUAGACACAGACAGUAAUGUCAGGGAAUCUAUCCGAAAAGCGCUUCUUAUCUAUGAGCUUAUGUUCGAAUAUUGGUCAAGGCUUGAAAGAGUCUCAAAAAGCACAGACGACGAAGAUGCGAAGCCAACAACAUCGAGUAACAGUUCCUUUCGAUUUGUCAUGAUCAUGUAUAAUAAUAUGAGUCAGAUGUAUCGAUUGGCGAACGACAGGGUACGGCAAACGCAAUGUCUGCAACAACUAUUGUCCAUUAUUAUGAUCUCCGUUGAAUCCAAGAAACGAAGUAGUGGUUUCGCAUCCUCGCGAGGAGCAACAGAAUCCACAGUUCACACCACCGGCAGYUCUGAUAGCAGUAAUAUAAAUGCUAACGGGGAGGACGAAUCUAAUGCUGCGUUCCGGGAGAGUCUUGACGGAUUCCUAAAAAAUACCGCAACACUCAUGAUGUCGCAAACGACAUGCGCCGAAGCUGCUUGAAACCCGAAUGAUACUUCUACCUUCCRAUACUAGUGGUAGAUUUUUUGUACUGUACAAGAAGCCAAGGCCUAUUUUACGAUUCUUGUYGAAGARACCGUGGUCAGUUAUCUGAGCAUUAUGAGAAAUAAGUAGAAAUGUGAAGCAUAUCGAUAUGAUUGCCGUAUAGCAGAUGAUAAAGUCGUGUUAACAAMCCUUUAGCCUCUUCUAUCAUACAUUCAAAUCACUGCAUUGAAUUAUGAAACUAUGUUAAGGUUGUUAACGAGUACCAGUACUGAUCAAAUUGUAAACCGAGUUUCUGAAGGAAACUCUCCAAGAGU